AUGUCUACUCGCCUUGAUAAUCUCUUAAAGUCCAAGAACGUUGUUCUCCUUUUUGGAGGCGUCGUCUCUAUGGCGGCAGCAUACACUAUCUGGGGAAACGAUGGUCAAGGGAUGUUCCCUCCUCUGUCAGAUCCUACCGGUGACCCCAAAACGUGGUCUCGAGAAGAAUGCCGACUGUGGUUGGAAAAGAGAAACCUACAUCCAGAUCCCAAAGCUACAAAAGAGGAGCUUAUCGAAAGGGUUCUGGCCAAUAUGCGCAUCCCAAGAAAGUAA